AUGACAUGCUUAAAGGAUGUCUUUGACAAAACUUCUCAAAGCUUUUAUUAACAACAAAAUCAAAUCAACAGCCAAAUUCAAUAUUCUUAAAACAAAAUUGAUCAUCUACAAUAAUAAAACAACUCAUUUGUGGGAAAAAUCUAAGACAUUCAAUUAAAAUAUGAUUUGAUCUAAAAGCAGUUAGAACAAUCCUAAUAAGAAAACAAAUCGCUUAAAAAAUAGCUCUCAGAAGAAAAAAAUAAAAAUGUAAACUUAUAAAUUAGAGUUGAUCACCUCACGAAAAAAAGCAAAUCAUUGCAAAAGAAAAAUGAACUACUACUCCUUGAAAUAGAUAUGAACAAAAAAACCUACGAGAUGAAGUGUGAAGCUUUGCUCAAAUAAAUUUAUAAUUAUCAAAGUUUAGAAACAAUUUAAGAUAAAGGUAAUUAAUAGCAGCUUAAUUAAAUAAAUCAGCAAUAUGAAACUCUACUUGAAAAUUUCAUAACGAUUAAUGAAAAUGGAUAGAACAAUAAUGUCCUUGAUAUUUCCAAUUCCUAAGUGAAAAACAUGCAAACGUUUGCUGAUCCGGUAGAUGAUAAAGAAAACAUUUAAAU